AUGCUCACGUGCAUAGCACGUCCCAAGAAACACGGAGGCGACUCGCCGAGCGACGAUCCGAGUUCGCGCGGGGCCAAGUCGCUAACGUGUCAGCUGAAAGAGAUGGCGCUGAAGGCGUCGGGGGCGUACAAGCAGUGCGGGCCGUGCGCGCCGCCGCAGAGUCGACUGAGCCGCGGCAGCGGAGAGUCGGAUUCGGAGUCGUCGCGGCGGCGGUGGGGGAAGGAGAUGGAGGCGCGGCUGAAGGGGAUAUCGAGCGGCGAGGGGACGCCGAGCUCGAGUGGGAGGAGAGUGGUGGUGGUGCUGGCAGAGGAGGAGGAACCGAAGGAGUGGGUGGCGCAGGUGGAGCCAGGCGUUUUGAUCACGUUCGUGUCGCUUCCCCGUGGCGGGAACCAUCUCAAACGGAUUCGGUUCAGUUUGGACCGUGAUUGGAGUGUUGGUUGGUCCAUGCUGGACCGAGUCUCUUUGAUUCUGGCUAGUGCCCUACUGAUUGUGACUGUGACAGUGGUUGUUUAUCUUUUAGCUACCGGCGAUUGUCCAUUCCCUGGUAAACUGAAUUAUGGUUUAUCUUUUAUGUAUAGUCGCGAGAUAUUUAACAAAUGGCAAGCUCAAAGAUGGUGGGCAGAGAACUACGACAAGGUCAUGGAACUUUACAAUGUUCAAAGGCUUAACCGCCAAGCUUUGCCUCUUCCAACCCCACCAAGGUCCGAAGACGAGAGUUCAAAGCGCGAAUCAAUAGAAGAGAUCCCUGUGACACCUCCACUGAGUCGGGAAAGGCCACCUUGUAAUUUUUACCGAGCAGGAGGAGGAGGGGUGGCAAUGGGGUACUCAUCCUCUGAUUCGUUUGAUCAUCAGUCAAUGCAAUCCCGGCAUUACUAUGACCCGAGUGGCGUGAACUCAACCCCAAAGGUGUCCACCAUUAGUGCUGCUGCCAAGACAGAUAUCUCAUCAAUGGAUGCUGAUGCUUCUAUUAGAAGUAGCUCAUCUAGAGAAGCUGAUCGUUCUGGGGAUCUUUCAAUCAGCAAUGCCAGUGACCUGGACGCUGAAUGGGUUGAGCAGGAUGAACCUGGGGUUUACAUUACCAUCAGAGCUCUCCCAGGUGGCAAAAGGGAGCUCAAACGAGUAAGGUUCAGUCGAGAAAAGUUUGGGGAGAUUCAUGCUAGACUGUGGUGGGAAGAGAACCGUGCCAGAAUACAUGAACUGUACUUGCGCGAUCAGAUGUUAGAACGAGUGCUACUUGGCACAUUCCUUGACCCUAACACACUCGCUUUUGCAAAGUUUAGAAGAGGAGUGGGUGGCAUCACGGAAGAAAGUUGUGUGGUUAUUUCGCGGAAACGGAUAAAACAACGCAACUGUGGGUCCCACCCCGAGUGCGGCACGUGUGGGAAACGGCGGUGA